GCCUUUCUUUCACUCCUCCGCUGCUUCUCACAAGUGUUUCAUGCAGCGUGCAGUUUGUUUGGUCUGAGAUUUCACUUGUUCCAACAUGCCUGGAUUGUUUGGAGUUUGUCUCGUUGUUUUCGUCUUAAAUCUCUCCUAUUUUGGCUGCACCGAUGCACAAACGUCGACCCCGUCUCCUUUGAGUCCUUGUUCAUCAAAAUCUAACACAAGUUGUGAGGAAUGCUUGCAGAAUGUGACAUGUUUGUGGUGUGAACAAACUGGACAGUGCAUUGAUUACCCGGUGAGGACCAUUUUACCUCCUAGGAGUGUGUGUCGUUUGAAUGAUGCCCGAUGGGGGGUCUGUUGGGUCAACUUCCAGGUGUUGAUCAUAACUAUGUCAGUGCUGGCUGGUGUUUUGAUCAUCACUGUUUUGUUGUGCUGCUUCUGCUGCUGCAAGUGUGAGAGAAUGGGAACUAAGAAGGAAGAUGCAAAAGCUGAAAGAGAAAACCGUGCACGGACAGCCAGACAGAAAGCAAGGAGAACAGAAAUGCAGAUGAGACAUGAUGAAAUCCGACAGAAAUAUGGUUUGGCGAAGGAUAACCCGUACGCUCGAAUGAAUGAACAUUGAACAAUAUUUUUAAAUGUACCAGUGCCUGUGCUUUUAACAUACACCGAUAUCCUGAGAACGGUCCCCUAACAUACACCAAAAUAUGACUAGAAUGGUUAAAGUAUUAAUAUUGAGACACACCAAAGCUUUCAUAUGUUUUUGAUUUCAAUAGGAUUUGUAAAUCUUUCCAUAUUUAGUUUUUCAGUUGAUCUGAGGCUUAGUGGCACAAUGUUUUUUGUGACUGCUUCUGUCUAAUGUAUGUGAUUAUAGUUCUAAUGUGAUUAUUUUCUUUUAUGUUUGCCACUUCUGUUGUAUUCUUUCUACAAUGCACACAUGUCCACCUAGUGCCAAAAGUACUUCAGUAAAUUUACAAGUUUAACACAGAUUUAUUUAAUACUAACACACAGCUCUGAGUUUGGACUCACUGGCAGCAGCUCACAGUCAAAGUUUCUCUUGUGGAUCAAUAAAUGUAGUGGAAUUAAAUAUUUCUCCUUUACAGCGAGUUGUGGCAUUGCACACUGUUUACUGAUUUCUAACUUGUACUUCUAAAAUGUUUAUUUUUGUACACCACGUUUGACAGAAUAAAAAAACGGCUUUGUGAUCA